GAGAGGGGGGAAAGGGUGAUGUGUAGACUAUGAAUUCGACGCUGGGUGGGUCUACAGUUUUUCAGAUUCCAAAUAUCUCGCGUGCGUAAAACUUCUUACAGUCACAAUGUUGGUUUUGGGUGGAAUUAUUCUUCUUCAUAUUACCACCAUCAUCCUUCUCUUGGUUGCCACCGUUGACAAUGCUUGGUGGUUCACAAACACAGUCUCCACAGACGUGUGGGGCCAGUGGGAACAGACAGACUCUGUCUGGCACUACACCAACCUGAAGCAAGGCUACCCUGAAGACUACCUGCAGGCAGUGCAGGCCGGCACUGUGCUCGCCUGUAUCUUCUCCAUCCUGUCUUUGUUUGUGUUUGUUGCCCAGCUUUUCACCCUGAGCAAGGGCCAGAGGUUCACCUUCUCCGGAGUCCUACAGCUCGUCUCGUGUCUGUGUAUAAUGAUCGCCGCCUCCAUCUACACGGCCCAGUUCCACCAUAAUAGGGAGGAGGGUCCUGGCUGGUACGGACACUCCUUCAUCCUGGCCUGGGUCUCCUUCGUUUUCACCUUCCUCCUGGGCGUAGUCUAUGUGGUUCUGCGCAAGAAAAGCGAGUGAAAAGGAGGGGAGGGAAGAAGGCUGAAGGGGAGGAGGGGGAUACACAGGAGUGUUGUUACAUCAGAUAUGGGGAUGGAGUGGGUGGGAAGCAUGGAGAGAAGAGUUGAAUCAAGAGUUUCGUCCUGGAUCUCUGGCGUCUGUCUUUGGGCCCGUCUCUCCCAACAUUAGAGGAGGUGGCCUGAGGGGAGGGCUCUCACAUGUUGUUUCCCUAAGAGAAGGAAUAGAGAUGAGGUGAGGAGGAGAGGUAAUUUUUUUAUGUCAAGUUUUCCCUAAAUGCUUUGCAGCAGUUAUUUGCAGUGUAGGCAAGGCAUAUAAAAACGAAAACCUUGUAUUGCUGCAAAGCCUUCAGAGAAAACGCAGGUUCUGUUUUAAGUUUUUUAUUUUUAUUUUGAGGGAUAAUGGUAUGGGACAGGGGGAGGGGCAAUGGGAAAUGAGUGAUGCAUGCAACAAGCAUGUUGUUGGACAUGAAAUAUUUGGUGCUUUUAUAUUUUAUAUACAAAUAUUUAACUUCAUUGCAUGGACAAACAAGAGAGUAAAGGGUGAACAUAUCCUGUAUUAUAGGGCAAACAAAACAUCUUCUGAUAACAUCUUGUGAACAGUACUUGAACGAUCAGAAGAAAAACAAUAAGAAGCUUUCCUUCCCAGGAAAAAUGUAUUUUAAUCUUUGUUGUUUAACAUUUUUUAUUGAAGUAAUCAUAUACAUUUUCAUAUCAUCGAAGUACAUUAUAACCAUUGUUUUGUUUUGCAUUGUUUUAACAUUUGUAUCCUAUGUGAUUUUUUACCAUGUCUGAUUCUGUGUUUUGGUUGGCUGCUAUCAUAUUAAAGUACAUAUACUUGUA